AUGAGUGCCACCCCCCGCCCUGACCCUGGGGUCACCCAUCCUCCUCCUCAAGGGCACCACGACAAGCAGCCCGGCGCCGAAGUGCGCCAUGACAGCAGCCUCGACGCUCCCCUCGAUCCUUCCGCCGCCAUCUCGAGUCAACACGCCCUCGCUUCUACCUCUCCUUCAGCUGCCAAUGCCCAGGCUUAUGUGACAAACCAGCAUGCUUUCGCUCAAAGUGCCGCCCUUCCUUCCAUCGACACGACCACUCUCGCACACAGAAACACCCAUCAUUCUUCUCCGGCCAGCGCUGGCCUGUCGAUAAGGACGAACAUUGAACCACCGGCUGCGGCUGGAGCUGCCAGGCCCACCGAGACCCCUACCAUUCUGUACGAGACGCCCGUAAACACAGAGCCUUCGCUACACCAGAACUUGACCUCGCCUACGACUUUCCCGGCCAUGGGGUCUUCACUCAGAUCGAACAUGUCCACCUCGAGCCUCACGUCCUCACUUUCGCCCGCCUCUGGAUCGGCCUUACCGAGUCCAUAUCUGGCUGCCAUGACCGACCUCACACCCCUUCCCUCACCGUUGGUGGGCUCAGACAAGCCGGCGUUCUGGCACAAGAGACGUACUGGAGGAACACCGAACCGAUCUCGUGAAGGUUCUCUCGAUGAUCCAACAUCUACGGCCAAGUCUGGACCGCCAACUUCACCUGAAUCGCCGUCAAGAAGAAAGAAGGCAUAUGGUAGUCUCAUGCAGGAAGCCGCGAUUGCGAAUGCUUCAAGGGAGGCUGGUGGGUCGGACAAUGUGAAGGCUGCCUCACAUACCCGGAAUCGAAGCAUAUCCGACUUCAAGCCAGAACCGUUAUCAAAUACACGACAGCGACAUGUGACAUUUGGACAAGGAGAUGCUCCCAGCCUCGAGGCGAACGAGUACCAGAUGCACCGCGAAGCCUAUCUGGCUGCAGAACGAGGCUUAAGGGUACCGGCACCGGAUUCUUCGAAGCAGAUUCCAACACCUCCAGCUAGUACUUCAAGCGUGGCAGGAAGUGACGAAGCUGACGAGGAGCAACCAUAUUUGGAAGACGGCACGGCUUCGGAGUACCUCGAGAUACAUUGUGGCAUUCAUAAUAAGAGACGCAAGUUCAGGCAGCUGCGACAGCUCGGCCAAGGCACUUUCUCCACCGUGAUGUUAGCGACACGCGAACGCAUUCCCGCCCACCCUACGCCCGAGAUUGAGGACCACCUUGAUCCGCACAGACUGGUUGCGGUCAAAAUAGUAGAGCACGGACCUGCGGGAGGGGCCGAUGAAGAACGAAUCGAAACCAGUCUCAAACGUGAAGUCGAAAUGCUCAAGAGCGUGUCACACCCGUCGCUCAUACACCUCAAGGCAUGCGAAUACCAGGAGAGUCGUACAUUGCUGGUUUUGACCUACUGUCCAGGUGGCGACUUGUUCGAGUUCGCCAGUCAGAAGCGGGAACUGCUGACACGCCCCCUGAUACAGAGGAUGUUUGCGGAGUUGGUCAGUGCGGUCAAUUACCUUCACAGGAAUCGGAUUGUGCACAGGGAUAUCAAGCUGGAGAAUGUCCUCGUCAACAUCAAGGAGCUGGUGUUGAAGGCGAUUGAACAUCCGAUCACCCACCCGACCCCUAUCGUCACACUGACAGAUCUUGGCUUGAGCAGACGGUUGCCGGACCCUCCAGAGCCACCACUCCUCACGACACGUUGUGGUAGCGAAGACUACGCCGCACCUGAGAUUCUCCUCGGACAACCCUACGAUGGCCGACUGACCGACGGCUGGGCACUAGGAGUGCUUCUCUAUGCACUCAUGGAAGGCCGUCUGCCAUUCGACGCACCGCCCGGCAAACCUGAGCGAAGCCGAAACACGCACCGCAUUGCUCGUUGCGACUGGAUCUGGUGUCGCUUCGGGGACGAAGAUGGCGAGUGGGACGAGACGCGAAACAAAGACUUCGAAGGCGCGAGGCCGUGCGUGGAGGGGCUGCUCAAGAAAGUCCGCAUGGGACGUAAGACGCUCGAGGAUAUUGAGAAGCUGGACUGGGUGCAGCAAGGCAUUCAAGUACCCGGUGGAUUGAGAAUGCGCGAAGAGGAUGAAGAUGAUGACCUGCUCUAA